GCUAAACACAAGAUAAGCGACAAAAAAAAUUUAACUCUGCUGUCCAACAUAAAAACAAGAUAUACUCUUUACAAUAUCAUGUAUCCUUCCUUCUUUCAAUCCACUGAUGAUCUUCGAUCGAAAUCCGAAACCCUAGGUGAGAGAGAGUAAUACUAACAUUUUGAUUUUUCUUCCUAUUCAAUCAAUUUUUUUUUGUUAAUUUUGCGGGAGAGAAUGAAGGGGCUUUUCAAAUCCAAACCUCGAACCCCGGCUGAGAUUGUUCGUCUCACUCGAGAUCUUCUUGUUCAAUUUGAUAUGAACAGUAUUCGCGAGAGCAAGCGUGAUGAGAAGAUGGUAGAGCUAAGCAAACACAUUCGAGAUCUAAAAUGUAUUUUAUAUGGAAAUAGCGAAGCAGAGCCAGUUGCAGAGGCUUGCAUGCAGUUAACCCAAGAGUUCUUUAAGGAGAACACAUUUCGCUUGCUGGUCAAUAGUCUUCCCAAAUUGAACCUCGAGGCUCGUAAAGAUGCCACUCAAAUUGUUGCUAAUUUGCAAAGGCAACAAGUUCAUUCUCGUUUAAUUGCAUCUGAUUACCUGGAAAGAAACAAAGACCUCAUGGAUAUUCUUAUAACAGGGUAUGAGAAUACAGACAUGGCUCUGCAUUAUGGUUCCAUGUUGAGGGAGUGCAUACGUCAUCAAGUUGUGGCCAAAUAUGUAUUAGAAUCAGAACUUUUGAAGAAGUUCUUUGGAUUCAUUCAGCUCCCAAAUUUUGACAUUGCUGCUGAUGCUGCUGCAACUUUUAAGGAACUCUUGACAAGGCAUAAAUCUACAGUGGCUGAAUUUCUUUCGAAGAACUAUGAUUGGUUUUUUGCAGAGUAUAACUCAAAACUGCUUGAAUCUAGCAACUACAUUACCAGAAGACAAGCAGUCAAGCUUUUGGGAGACAUGUUACUUGAUCGUAGCAAUGCCGCAACAAUGACAAAAUACGUGAGCUCGAGGGAUAAUUUAAGGAUACUCAUGAAUCUUCUAAGGGAGUCAAGCAAGACCAUACAAAUUGAAGCAUUUCAUGUUUUCAAGCUAUUUGCUGCAAAUCAAAACAAGCCAGCCGAUAUUGUCAACAUCCUUGUUGCAAAUAAGAGCAAGCUUCUUCGAUUAUUAGGUGAUCUGAAGACCGAUAAAGAGGAUGAACAAUUUGAUGCUGACAAGGCCCAAGUCAUGCAAGAAAUCGCUUCUCUUGAACUCAAGGAGCUUGUUGCAUAAGUUUUCUUUGUUUUAUGUGUAUUAUCAUUGCCAUUGUUCAUCUCUCCAACCUUUCUUUCCCCUUCAUCGCGUUUUUUUUAAACAUAAGCUUGCGAUUUCGGUUGCGCUAUGGUGCUAUCUGUUUGCCACAAGUAUCUAUCUUUUGCAAUCCUUUUGUUUUUGCUACUUAUAGGUAUUAAAGUAGUAAGCAGCAUUUAGUUCUCAGUAUCUUGUAAUUUUGAGUUUAUUGAGAACACUCUUUGUAUUUAAAAAACAUCGUCGAAAGGUAAAUAUGGUUGAUUCGAUGAGUUUAAAGUGAAA